AUGUCGGAAACCGCUCCUGCUGAGACGGCUGCCCCGGCGCCGGUGGAGAAGUCUCCUGCCAAGAAGAAAACAACCAAGAAGACUGCGAGCGGUGGAGCGGCGAAGCGCAAGGCUACCGGGCCCCCAGUUUCCGAGCUGAUCACUAAGGCUGUCGCCGCCUCCAAAGAGCGCAAUGGCCUUUCUUUGGCUGCGCUCAAGAAGGCGCUGGCAGCCGGCGGCUACGAUGUGGAGAAGAACAAUAGCCGCAUCAAGCUGGGUCUCAAGAGCCUGGUGAGCAAGGGCACACUGGUGCAGACCAAGGGCACCGGGGCUUCCGGCUCUUUCAAGCUCAACAAGAAGGCGGCUGCUGGGGAAGCCAAGCCCAAAACCAAGAAGGCGGGGGCUGCGAAAGCGAAGAAACCCGCAGGGGCCACCCCUAAGAAACCCAAGAAGGCUGCAGGAGCGAAAAAAGCCGUUAAGAAGACGCCUAAGAAGGCGAAAAAGUCCGCGGCCUCUGGUGUCAAAAAAGUGGCCAAGAGCCCCAAGAAGGCCAAAACAGCGGCAAAGCCAAAGAAGGCUGCUAAGAGCCCCGCGAAGCCCAAGGCAGUGAAGCCAAAGGCGGCGAAACCCAAAACCUCCAAGCCUAAGGCAGCAAAACCCAAAGCUGCAAAGGCGAAGAAGGCGGCUCCUAAGAAGAAGUAG